AGUUGUGUGUUGGCCAAUGCGCCCCUGCGUCGGUUCCAUCCUGCAGCAGCAUGUCCCGUCGGAAACAGAAACGACCCCAGCAGCUUAUGAGCCUGACCCUCGGUGCCUGUCGGAUACUUGAGAAUGAUGACAGCUUGGCAGUGAAGUCACAAUCCUCUCCACUUAUCCUGGAUUCUUCCUUGUGCGCUCCAUCUUCCUCUCUUCAAAGCUCCCAGCUACCCCUCGCACUCCGUUCAUCUGUCAAAGGCUCUCAGUCCCCCUCCCUACCCAUUGAGGGUCCACCACUAUCCUGCUCCCCGAGCCAGCCCACCCACCAGCCCCUCAAAGACCCACAGCCCUCCCUGUCUCCUGACAUCCCUUACUUUUCUCUCUCUUCCCAAACUCAACAUACACCUCCUGCUCCUCGACUGUCUGGUUGCAAGUCUUCUACAAGUGCCCUCAUACACCCUCCCCGAAGCACACACAUGGCCUCUCCCAAGUUGGGGCUGUCAGCCACCACCACCACCUCUUCUUCCUCUUCAUCGUCCUCUGCUUCACUAUGUCCUCCACCGCACCCUGGAAGCCCCAGCCGUGUGCCUGAGGGCCCCCCAAGUCCUGUUACUCCCACUCCCAGCCCUGGAGUUACAUCUGCCUCAGCCGCACCAUCUAGGGCCCAAUUGAGUAUUGCCCUGAUCUUGGAGGAACUGCGGGUGCUGCAGCAAAGGCAGAUCCACCAGAUGCAGAUAACAGAGGAGAUCUGUAGACAGGUGCUACGCCUUGGCGGAGCCUCCUAUACCAUAGAAACACCUUCCCAGCAUCUCCUCCCAGCUCUGCCUCAGCUCUGCUUGGAAGGCAGCAAGAGGGCAGCUAGCCCAACUACACAACCAAAUGCAUCUGAGCCUCCUACCUCUGUAGCUCCCCUCCUGGCAUGUUUCUCCUCCCUGCUGCCUUCUCAGGCAGCCAACAAACCCACAAAGCCAAGCAGUUCCUUGUCUCAAAUCCUGCAGCCCCACAAGUCCCAGAUUGAAGGGACGGGAGGGAGUCAAGGCGCUCAAGGUUAUCUGAGGGUGAGUUCGAGAUCCUCUGCUCCCUCCACCUCUUCUUCUGCUGCCAUCUCCAUGGCUUCCUCUGCCUAUCCGCUUGCUCUGUCUUUAGCUCUGCCCAACCGCUAUCUUCAUGAGAAAUCUCCAAAUACCACUUCAGUGAGUGGGCACAGUGGUCGGUCCUUCAUUAAUGCAUCCCUCUCCACAUCAGUAUCUAUGGUCCCAAACACCCAACAUGCUCUGCAGUCUGUCUCUGGAGGAUCAGACUCUUCCUCUGCAUCCAGUUCCACCACUAGUGGCCGCCUCCAGCAUGCCUGCCGCUUUUGUGGUAAGAUGUUCAGCAGUGACUCUUCCCUGCAGAUACAUUUACGCUCACACACAGGGGAAAGACCCUACCAGUGUCCAGUGUGCCUCAGUCGCUUCACCACACGAGGCAACCUCAAGGUGCAUUUUCUACGCCACCGUGAGCAAAACCCAGAGCUCUCGCUUUCACUUCUGCCACCUUCUUUGUUUGGGAUAGCAUUAGGGGCCACUGGGGGGUCAGAUAUGGGGCAGAGCAUGAGCAGUGGUAGUAGUACUAGUGGCAUGAAUAUGAUACAGAAGAAGCCAAAAAGCAGGCAUGAGGAUGAAACAUGUGGAGACCAUUUGGAGGUUGGCAGUACCAGCACUGGCUUUUCUCUGGGGGCCUCUGGAGGAUCUACCCCUUCUACCCUACCCCUGGCCCCAAGUGUAGAUCUGGCUUUGAUUUCCCACUCUCUCCUGCAGCUCAACAGGGCUGCAGCUGUAGCUGCUGCAGCCUCUAUCACCUCUGGCUCAUCCCACUCAUCAUCAUCCUCCUCAACCUCCACCUCUUCUCUGGCUACCUCCCUCCUCUCCAACCCAUCGUUGUCUUCGUCUUCCACCAUCACAGAGUUAUUCAAGGGUGCCAAACAGCAGCACUUUGAUGAGAACACUCCCCCUCAUGCCCCAAUGCUUUCUCCUGCAGCCUACUCUCAGCUAGCCCACUUGCCUAAGCUCCUUUUUCCAUCUGUCUCCACUUCUUCCUCUACCCCUGCUGUACACUCAUCCCUCUACAACCAUCCACAAGCCUUGGGCAUGCUACGCACCCCUCUACCCUCUACUCCAGGCUCCCAUCAACUUGCUUCUUCUAGCCAUUCUCAGCUUUCUUUCCCUUUCUCUUCCUUUCCUAAAGUCCAAGGUCAACCCACCUCCACUCCAUCCUCCCUGCCUUCCUCAAUGGCUACCUCCACUCCUACAUCUGAAACCUCCAAGCUGCAAAGGCUGGUGGAGAAGCUAGAGAAGGUGCCUCCCCACUCCUCUUCUCCCUGGACUAAUUCCUCUACUUCCUCCUCCAUCCUGGAGAUGUUAUCUAGCAGUACCACUACCUCUAGUCCAGCCAACAGUCGUUUAACAAAUGCUAGCACUUCUACCACGUAUGUCAUGGCAUCCCCACCAUCUUCAAAUCUCUCCACUUCUGUUUCCAACUUCACCCAUGAAAUGGUCGCUGCCCUGGGCAUGAGUGCAAAUGGCGCAAGGGCCAUGGCAGGAAGCUUGCUACCAUCACUAAGCAUCACAGGUCCAGCUGGCAACCUGACAACCAAUCAGUGUGGGGUGUGUCUACGGGUGCUCAGCUGUCCCAGAGCAUUGCGUCUGCACCAGGCCACACACCUAGGAGAACGUCCUUUUCCAUGUAAGAUAUGUGGCAGAUCCUUUUCUACCAAAGGUAGCCUGCGGUCACAUCUAGCCACUCAUCAUGCCCGACCACCCAAUGCACGUGUUCAGAACUCAUGCCCACUCUGCCAGCGUAAGUUCACUAAUGCCCUAGUGCUCCAGCACCACAUCCGUAUGCACCUUGGUGGACAGCUGCCCACAGAUGGCACAGAGGAUACAGCACAUGAGAUGCCAGCUGAAUCUAAUGCCAAACCCUUGUCACAAUGUCAGUCCCAGUCCACUGACCCAAAUACUGCUUCUAGCAAAACACCACCUCUAACAGGCCAUUCUAAGAGCCCAGCCCCAAGCUUACAACUCCAAACUGCUGGCUCAGCCACUGUCUCUGGCAGUCUGAAACCAGUUGAGUUCACCAAAAAUCCCAGCAAAUCUGGGUCCUCCAGCCCAGACCUUAUCCCCCCCACUGACCUAAGUCCCGAUCCCUUCAUGAAUCCCACCCCACAAACUCCACCACCAGGCAGUGUAGACCCCCCUGUCCUAUGUGUGAGUGCCCCCUUGCCAGCCUCCCAGCAAACAGACCAAGUGUCCCCAGCCGACAAAGACAACCAAGUUGAACAAGCCACUGUUGACAUCUAUCUUCCUAAUUCCACCUCUUCACCAAUUUCCUCCACUGUUACCAAAACAACAGUGUCAUCUAAUGCUAUGGUAGUGGAUUGUGAAGAGGACGAAGCAUCUACCUCCUCUGAUGCAUUCCUUGGCUCCAGAUCAAACCUGGAAGACUUACAAAGCACACCUACCCUUGGAACCCCCUUUGCUUACACCUGUCCCAGUACCUCCUCUAACCCCAUCCUGAGUCAAGAUGUUCUUAAUGUUACACCAACAACACCAACCUUGGAAUCAGACUCAGUCUCCCCAAGGCCCAAAUCACCAGAACCCAUGGAAGAAGACAAAGAUCAGUCUCCUCCACCAGCAUCACCAAAGCAAGACCAAGCAACUGUGCCUGAUGAUGACUCCAAAAUGAAGUCAACUUUGGAAACUGCUGAUAAUAUUGGUGCUGAAGUAAGGGAUGCAUCACAGAGAGCUGCCACUUUUGUAAGGGAGACACGUCAGAGCUUUCAUUUUGGUUCAUAUGGGAGAGAAGACAGAGUGGAAGGUGUUAAGAUUAGUGGAUUGACUCCAAGUGAAGAACUAGAUGCUUCUGUCCCCAUCAGCCUGGCCCCAACCCUCCCAUCUCCAAUGUCUCGUCCUGAGAAGAAGACCUAUUCCUGUGCUGAGUGUGGGAAAGAGUAUGCCAGUCGCAGUGGGCUGAAGGGGCACAUGAAGCACCAUGGUGUGGUAACCAAAACAACACGUCCACCAGCCCGGAGUAGUCGUUCCUCCACUGACCAACUUCCUUCUUCUACAUCUAUGACUUCCUUGAACAUUCCUGCCACCAGGAGCUCAGCCGGCUUCUGGAACCAGUACCAAGCCUUCCUCAACACCAGUAAUGAGCCAACUGAUAAUACAACCACUGGCAACCAAGGAGAGAAUGAGUCGACACGAUCUGCAAAAUCACCUGUUCGAUCUCAGAUGGAUCCAAGAGCCCCUGAUGAUGCUGGGGAAGAGUCUAAUGAAGAGACAUAAGUUGAGUGAGCAUGAUUGGCUGGAUGUCCUGGUGGUUUUAAUCAAUGUUUACCUUUUGGUGAAACUGUAUGGGCAUUUGCGUAGUACUGCUUCCUUAACACAUUUCAAGUAACCUGUUGUUUUGAUAGUCGGAGUAAUAUGUUUGUAUGUGAAAGUUGUAAGUCAACCAGCUUGGUCUUAUGUUUAAAAAAAAAAAAAAGAGACAAAUGUAUAAAAAAGGUGAAAAUAAUUAAGAAUUAACAAAGUGAGUCAAUUUUUUGGCUGCAUUUGAUUUAAAAAAAAAAAAAAAAAAAAAAAAAAAAAAGUGACACUACCAUUGUCUGGCUGAAGUUGUUCAUACUUAGCAAGCUCCCUGUUGUAUCAAUGUUACAUACCAGGCCUGGUCAAAUAAUUCAGUGUUCCUGUUUGUUUGUUUCUUUGCUAAAUUCUUUUCUUUUACUUUUUGCAGAAAAAAUUUACCAUAUUUGGAAAAAUCUGAUAUCAGAGAAAUAAUGAGUCGCAUAUGAUUCCACUGAAGAAAUAAUUUCAUGCCACUAUGUAACCGUUUUGGGAUUUAUUGUGUUGUGUGUUGAUGUACAAGAUCUGAUCCAACAGGCACCAAAAGAGGUCCAUGCUAACCAAAAAAAAAAUCUUUGCUUCCUGACCUAGGUCUGUGUCAUAUCUAAAAGAUACUUUCUUUCAGUUACAGAGGAAACCGAUAAAAAUGAGGAAAUAAAUUAGUUAUUUUGCUUACCUAAUUUACCUAACUUUGUUGCAAGAGCAAACAAGGCCAACAAACUGAAUGUGUUUUGUGGGAAAUAUUAAGUCUUCUGUCCCCCAUCUUGUGGUUCAGAUAAACUACUCACUCAUGUCAUUGUGGUUUACUUUUCACUAUAUUGUCCUGUCAAACAAGAAGCACAGCUGCAGUGUUUGUGAACCCAGUGAGGACAUGGUCUUGUGUGUGACGUUUGACCUUCAGCUUUGUGAAUAUUAUGAUUGUUGUUUGGUCCAAAAGUAAUAUCUGUGACAGCUUUUCAGUUACUAAAACUCUAAGUUACUAUAUAGUCUGUGUCUUGUUUGUUGUAAGCUGUACUUUCAGUAUCUCUAUAUUAAAAAUCAUUUGGGAAAAACUA